GCUCCUUUGUGUUCGGACGGCGGCGGCGGCCUGUCGCGUCUUCGCCGGCGCGUCCUCUCGGUCGCCAGCCCGCACUGCCCGGUGACUGGCCAUGUCGGCGGCGGGCGCGAGCGCGGGCGUGGAGGCGGGUUUCUCCAGCGAGGAGCUUCUGUCGCUCCGCUUCCCGCUGCACCGCGCCUGCCGCGACGGGGACCUGGCGGCGCUCUGCUUGCUGCUGCAGCAGGCGCCGCGCGCCCACCUGGCCGCCGAGGACUCCUUCUACGGCUGGACGCCCGUGCACUGGGCCGCGCACUUCGGCAAGCUGGAGUGCCUGGUCCAGCUGGUGCGAGCCGGAGCCACGCUGGACCUGUCCACCACGCGCUACGCCCAGACGCCAGCCCACAUCGCGGCCUUCGGGGGCCACCCCCAGUGCCUGCUCUGGCUGAUCCAGGCGGGAGCCAGCGUCGACCAGCCGGACUGUGAGGGCGAGACCCCCGUGCACAAGGCAGCCCGCUCCGGGAGCCUCGACUGCAUCAGCGCCCUGGCUGCCAGCGGGGCCCGACUCGAGUAAGUGUCCUCCCUCGGGCUGUUCUGAGGGCAGCAGCUGGCGGGCGAGGGUCCCAGGCUGCUGUCAGCGGCCGGCCGGCCCCGUGAGUGGGUGCGGGGCGCGCCGGCCGGCAGGGCUUCAUGCCCGUGGCGCCGGGGCCCGGCCCAAGAGGGCCAGCGUGGACGAGUCUCCAGACUUCCUGCCACGUUUUAAUAGUUUCCCAGCGUGGCCCGGGUCGGAGUCAGUAGUGACCUUUGAGGCCCCUCUGGCCCGGCGCUGGCGGCAUACCGCUCCCUGGAGAGCCCAGCGGCCUCCCCCUCGGGCUCGAGGCCUUCCGUCUGGCCCGGCCGCUGCCCCGCAGUAUCUGAAACAGCGGCCGGGGCCGCCGGCCGGCGGGCACAGCUAGGUGUCGCGCACGGCGCCUGCCCUCCGAGCGCUGCCCGGCUGCCGCCCGAGCCGGCGGCCGCAGGUUUCCUCACAGCGAGCAGCAGGCCACGCGGUUCCCACGGGAAACGUGAGAAUCUCGGCUUCGGAGGACGGGCCCACGGACCUUCGCUUAACCCUUUGGUUUCCACCAUGUUUGACUCUGCUCUGUGUUGAUGUAGAAACUAGAUCCGGGCAGCCAACCCAGAUGGGCUGACGAGGCCCGUGGCCGGGCUGCGCGGGCAGCGCCGGGGGGCCCCUGCUCGGACCCGCCGGCCUGGCUCGGCCCGCGCCGGUAGUGACGGCCGUGACCUGUGUUAACUGUCACGUUGCAGGGAGCCGCGACCUCACGUCGCUGUGACGUCAGGUAACGUAACGCCCCGUUAACGUGAACACGCAGUGGGGGGUGCCAGCCCUGGUCACGGGGCGCUGUGAAGCCGACGCCGAGGCAGCUCUCGGCCGCGUCAGACUGAAGGCUCAAAUCUUGGGGUUUCGUGACGAGCUGGCCUGCCUGGCCGUCAUUCGCCGGGAGAGUGAGUGGCCGCACGUCGACCCGAGCGGCUCGCUUUCCGGGACCGCGCUCUG